GUUAGGUGGAAUGCUUUCUUCUAUGUCUUCUCCUGUUGUUGCUUCGGUCCCUCUUGAAACUCUCAAACGUUGUAAAAUUGGGACAAAUGCGUCUGAAUUGGAACAAUUUUUAGCGGCAUUUGAAAUCCUAGUUGGCGAUCUUUUGAGUGAACUAAAAAAUUUUGGAGAUCUCGCUCCCGAUUCUAUUAAGUGGAUAGAAACCAAUUUGCGUUAUAACAUUCUUGGAGGAAAGAUGAAUAGAGGCUUGAGUGUGAUUCACACAUACCGUCUUCUCUUUAAAGAAAGAGAACUAACCGAUCACGAAAUCUUUAAGGCUUAUGCGCUGGGCUGGUGCGUAGAGCUUUUACAGGCUUGUUUUCUUGUGGCUGAUGACGUCAUGGACGACUCCGUGACCAGAAGGGGUCAACCUUGCUGGUAUCGUCGGCCUGAGGUCGGUCUGACCGCCAUUAACGACAGUUUCAUGCUUGAAAUGUUUAUUUAUAAAAUUUUAAAUCUUUAUUUCCGAGCCGAGCCUUUUUAUAUCGAUCUUGUCGAGCUUUUUCUACAAAUAACUUUAAAAGCCGAAAUUGGACAACUUCACGAUUUAAUAACUGCUCCUGUGGAUUCUCCGAACUUUGACGUCUAUACUAUGGAAAGAUACAAGCUAAUAGUAAAGUACAAGACGUCCUUCUACUCCUUUUUCUUGCCAGUAGCUGAAGCGCUUAUUAUGGCCGGAAAAGGCACGCCAAAAACUUUAAAAACGUCUGAAGAUAUUUUGCUGGUGAUGGGCGAGUUUUUUCAGAUUCAAGACGACUUCUUAGACUGCUUUGGAGCGCCGGAGACGGUUGGUAAAGUCGGGACGGAUAUUGAGGAUAGCAAAUGCAGUUGGUUGGUUGUCCAGGCGUUGUUAUUGGCCAAUGAAAAUCAGCGAAAAAUUCUGUAUGGUAAUUAUGGCAAAAAGGAUAAGAAUUCUGUGGAUGCUGUAAAGGCUUUGUAUAAAGAUCUAAAGCUUGAUGAGCUCUUCUACGAGUACGAAGAACGUACUUACGGUGAACUGAUUAGGCUUAUUGAAAACACAACUGCUGACAUUCCAAAAGAAAUCUUUAUGGAUUUUGCUAAUAAAAUUUUUAAGCGGAAGAAGUAGCGUUCGUCGAAUUAUUUUACAGAAAUCUUAAUAAAAAUAUUUUUUUUUGCA